UUUAGUUGCCGAACUCUUCCCAACAACGCCGGUGAAUGGGGAAGUAAAUCGACGCAAUACUAAAUGAUAUAGUCAGGCUGUGUAUUAAUCUCUACUCACAAUAGCAAUGGUUGGAUUUUCUCCUUGUGUCAAGGAAAAUCUCUACACAUCCCCUCGUCCGGAAGAUGAUCCGAAAGCGGCGGUAAAUUCGAUUACUGCUCAACAAACCGAGGCGACAUGUGUGCCUUCUCGAUCCAUUCAUCCACAACCAUGGUGUGGACAGCAUCAGACCAGUAGUGACGUAUGCUCACGCAAUGUCUAUAACUACAGUAAUCAGGAGGAUAAAGAGAAGACACCCAUGUGCCGUAUAGCGGAACUUGCCCGCUUUCACAAGUUGAAGCACGAGUACAAACUAAUGGAUGAGAGCGGACCAGCUCAUAAAAAAAUGUUUACAGUUCAACUGCUACUAACCCCUGAUGAAAUUUUCGAAGGAAGUGGUGCUUCUAUAAAGAAAGCUCAACAAGCGGCUGCUGCUGCAGCACUAGCUGGAACAUCGUUAACCAUGCCACCGGAGAAGAAAAGAAAGAAAGAUACCAGUUCACCAUCUGUUCUUCUUUCACAUGUAGCUCGUCGCCUCGGUCUACCAGAACCGAUCUAUCGAUCGCAUAAUCAUCCGAAGAUGCCACUGACGCCGAUAACGCCCCGUUUCUCCGCGCUUACUCCCUCUCCGCUCAGUUGCAGUGAUAUGCGCAAUGGUUUUGACCGACCCGCGUAUCUUCCUCCAGAACCGUUUGCUCCAUCUUUGCUCCAAGCAACACCGAGAAUACAGCGUGGGCCUUUAAUUGGACCAAUGCCUCCUGUCAAUCCAUUAUUUGCCAUGGUUCCACCGACUUCGCGUACAGGAGCUAUUUAUCCCCCACUGCAGCCACCUGGUGAAAGACUUUGUAUGGUCAGCGUUGCAAUUGGUCCUGGGCGCGUGUUCACGGGCAUAGGAAGCACAUUUGCGCAGGCAAAAUCUAAUGCUGCUGCUCAGUGUUUGGGAUAUCUUGGUCCACAUAUCCAAGCUCUAGAUGCUAAACUGAAGUUAGAUGAGCAGAGGCGUAAAGCCUCGCUUCAGAAGUCAACGUCUGAGGAAGGAGUGACGAAUGGGACUACAGAGGGAGCUGUGGAACAUGCGGAAGGCACUGCUGAUAGCGAGAGCGUUCCUAAGCACAAGCAGAAAUCUGUGAUUAGUCAGGUGCAUGAGUGUGCUUUGCAGAUGAAGCUGAAUGUGGAGUUUGAAGUAGUCAAAGAAGUUGGACCUCCACACGAUCGCUCGUACGUAGUUCGAUGCUCAUUGCGAAAUCCGAAAAAUGAGGUAGUGGUCGAAACCGUUGGAGAAGGGAGAAAGAAGAAGGAGGCUACUCAGAAUGCGUGUGCGAAUGUCCUAUCGCGACUGCGUGGUAUAGAAAAUUCUCCGCUGUUUAUUGCUUCAUCUCUGUAUAAAUUGCAAAAGCGCGUGAUGAAUCCAUCCAAGGAACCAAAGAGAAAGACCAUCAUAAAGGAUAUGAAGAUGGACCCAACUUAUGGACACCAGAUCAAUCCUGUGUCUCGCUUGAUUCAAGUUUUGCAAGCUAGAAAUGAAGAAGAGCCGCAAUUUGAGCUCAUCUCUGAACAGGGACAGAGCCGCUACAAAGAGUUCACUGUGCAGGUUACUUGUGGUUCACGCGUCUGCAGCGGAAAUGGUCCUAAUAAACGGCUUGCGAAACGCGCAGCUGCCGAAGCGAUGUUAGCUGAAAUUGGAUACGUGAAACCUCUACCUCCUCCUGGUAAAAGCUUGCUCAAAAAGAAAACAGAUUCUCAGUUGAAUAUAGGAGUCUUUGAUCCAAAUGAUCUGGUUACACCACCGGUAUCGAACAAUUCGGGUGUUCCCUCGGAUAAUCAUAUGGAACAACAUGAAUCUCAAGGAAACGAUGAACAUUCAAUUCAGGAAGGAUUAUUAGCUCUCUGCAUAGAUGAUCAGAAUGCUAAUCAACAGGGAAACAAAACCCCUGAAGGUGAAACGGAAUCACCUGGUACCGUUCCGCCAUCACCAGGGCGUCGUCGUGUGACCUUCAGCAAUCAAGUGAAAGCUUGCCCUCCUCCAGAUGACAGCAAGUAUCCAGAACCCGAAUUAGCUCCACUCAAAGCGGAUGUCUUAGUGGAAGGUCGUGUGAAGCGUAUCAGAAGAAGUAAAGAGGCGAAAAGGUGCUUGUCUGAUGAACAAAAAUGUGAGAUUCGUGAGAUUGCGAGAGCUACAAUCCAGGCUUUACAAACUCCAACAAUGAUAGCUUGCGUGGAUGGCUCAUCUGAAACCGAAGCCUGCCAAAUGCACACAGCGAAGCGCCGUUUAGAGAUUCUAUCGGAGAAUUUCAAGUUUAGCGUGCAGUACACGAAUUUUCCAAAGUCACCUGAUGGAAGUGACCCAUUGUAUUUUGCGCUGGUGUCGCUGGGUUUGGAACGCCCCAUAGUGUGCCAUGGCCGCGGUUCGACGAUGGAAGCUGCAGCAGAAAAUGCGGCAUUCAAUGCGAUAACCAACCUGUGCACGUACGACCAACCUUCUUCAUCUCACGAAUCGAUUGAUUCUUAA